UUUACUUUUUGUUUGUUUCGCUGAAAAUGGAUAUUGCCUUGCGUGGCACGGGCACGGGCACAGCAUCAACGACUGGCACUGGCACUGGCACGGGCACGGGCUCUGGUCCUCGCAGCGGCACUGCCGGCAGUGGUCUACACCAUGCUGUGUCAUUGGGCAACAUUGAGGUCUCCGCUAAGGCCACCUACUCCAGCCAUAUGGACCGCAGCUACGACUCCGAAGAUGAAAACACGGGCCGACGACGACUCCGUCACACGCUUUCCACCGAGCUACAACCACGCGCCUCCGUCUACUCGCGCGGGGAUAUCAGAGAACAGUACUGCCUAACAGAUCGACAGCUGCAUAGCAUAGAGCAGCGUCCGCGUCGAGAACGCUUCUUUGGGUGCCUUUCGCGUCGCGGACAGACGCAGUCGGGCAGCUUUCUGGGCGGCUGUGUGGGCCGUCGAGUGCCCUCCGACGAGAAUCUGGCAGCAUAUGCGCCAUUCGAGAAGUAUCCACGAUAUCAGAACAACUAUACGGACACACACGAAUUGGAUAGUUCCUAUUUUCGACGACAACCAGCCUCGAUUCUAAGCACGGGAAAGUCGAGUGAACCGGAUCUGGGUGGACGAUAUACCUGGAUAGGACAGCAGCAGCAGCAACAGCAACAGCAAACCAACAACAACACCGAGUACCAAACGAACCAUAGCUCGUAUCACUGCCCCACGUACGCCACGAUGCCGAACACCCAUCACCAUCAGCAGCAGCAGCAGCAGCAGGCGGGAAGAACCAAACAUGUGAGCUUUGCUCGCUCGCAUACCCUCACCAGCUUCGACAUGAACGUGAAUGCGGGUUUCCGACCGUCGGGACGCUUGAGGACGGCCAGCAGUCAGGAGCGUUUGAUUGGCGGCAAGAAGCCCAUCAUUGCCUCUGGCUCCAUGUACGAGACACUGCAGCCCACAGUGCCGCAGAGCUCCACGCUGCCCAAAACCUGGCUGCCACCGCCAGUGCAACUCGCGACAUGCCAGCAUCAUCAUGCGCCUAUUCAUCUCCAUCAGCCACUGCCGGGUAUGAACAAUGCCAUCCCCAGAUCCAUCGAUUCUUAUUUCGAAUCAUAUUUUCCUCUAGAUAACAUGUUGGGUCUCAUCAUACCACAACCUCUGCCCAUGGCCUUGCCACCGCCCAGUCCUGAGGUCCUUAUUGUGGAGAAAAAGUUCCGGAAUGCGAUGAAAACUCAGGCCACGCAAACGGAUGUGGCCGCCCGACGUCAGGCGGCGGGCUAUAGCACCCAAGUCUUGUCGUUGAGUCCUAGGCCUCCACAUCGGGUUAAGGUGGUCUCGCAGGGCGCCCAGACCAAUGGCCUGCAGAACGGCAAGAAGUUAACGAAGAGUCUCUCGGAGAUUCCCAAUGGCAAGGAUGUACAGCCGUAUCACUAUCAGCAGGGAAUGAUUUACCCCCAUGAAAUGAUCUACCGAACUCAGUCCCAGGAUGUGACUCCUCUGCAAACCCUCUCGGAUGCCCAGAACAACAUCAUGUACUACAAGCCGCCGCCUCCGCUCUUGGAUCCCCACAGCUACGGCCUGGGCAUGGAGCAUUUGAGCAGAGGACGUCCCUCUGCGGCGGAACAGAAUGUGGAGUACGUGAAUGUGAAUGCCGCCGCGGUGGCCCUCAAUGAGAGCUUCGACUACGAGAGCAACAGUUUGCCGCGACGGGCGUGCACCUCGCAUGCGCGCACGGAAACGGAUUACUACUCGAACAGUCUGCCCCGACGAGCGGAUACCCUGCACAGCCACGAUAUGUGCAAGCAUAUUACGGAGUGUGUGGACCUCAUCCCGGACAACGGGAUAGACCUGGACUUUACGCGUCCCCACCUGCUGCCGCCGCCGAGUGAGUACUGCAAGAACGACGACGACGUGGAGGACGUGGAGGAGUACUACGACGAUGAGGAGGAGGAGGACGGCCCCUCGCAUCCGCACGAGACGGAGAGCUACAGCUCGGAGGUGUGCAUGGAGCAGGCGGCCCGUCGCAUGUCCAUGCUGCCCCAGAUGAUGGACUCGCCCUUUCGAAGGGACGACCUGCGGCGUCAGUCCAUGCCGGUUUAUGGCCAAACCGAGAAGCUCAUCGACGGCUUUGGACCGCGCACAUCCUUCCGGCGACGCGACAAGGUGAGCUGCUUUCCGGAUGACACUCAGGUGGGGAUCGGGACCAGGCGCGAUGAGCAGGAGAUUUUCAUUGACUUUAAGCCGCACGUGUCGCCGAAGCCCAGUCCCAAGCUGCAGGUGAAACACCGAAAGCAGCACAAGGCGGAGAUCGCCAUGCGGAAGAUGCAGCAGCAGCGGAUGGCCCAGGCCGCUGCUCACACGCUCCCGAAGCCAAAGUCAGUCGAUGUUGAGGUUAGAAAAGCUGAACUUGUGCCCAGCGACGAGGACGAAGAAGAGGACGACACCCAGGACCAGGACCAGGAGGAGGAAGACGAAGAGGAGGCCGAAUCAGAGCGCAACAGAACGGAGAAUGAUCAUCCCGACGAUGAGGAGCCCAUCUAUGAGAACAUUAUCCCGUGUGGCUGCAAGGUGGAGCCACCACAGCUGCCGCCACCACCCCUCAUCCUCGAGGACAUUCAGGACAAGCGCUCGCAGUUCCGCAAACGAUCCGUCAGCCUGGACGAUGACUAUGCCGCUGCAGCGGGCAUCUUUCCCACUCCCGGGCCCGGACUCCGUCUGCCCUCCACUCCGGCCAGCCCAUGCCGGGAGGAGCUGCUGCUGGCCAAUGUCUCAACUUAUCCAUCCUCAGACUCGCUGGCCAACGACACCACACGCGAUCAUUCCGACGGCAUCUGGAACGAGUCGCAGGUCACCGUCCUAACCGCCGAUCAGCACAUCUCCGACGGUUCGUACAGCUCCAAUUUGCUGCUGACUCCGUCGUCGAAGCGAAAGAAUCUCCUGCUGCAGCAUCAGCAGCGUAGCUCUGUGGACACGGAUGCCCUGGAUUUUGAAGAACAGAGUCCCACCUAUGGCCUACAAACACUGCCAAAGAUCAUCAAGACCCCGACACCAACAACUUCCAGGCCUGCCUCCACUCUGCCUCUGGUACCGCCGCCAGCGAUUGCCGUGACCCCAUCGAGCAAUCAACCCCUGGACUCUGCCAUAACCUCGCCACUGCCCAAGCGCAGCAUGAUGCCCAGAGGGUCCGUGCCGGAUGCUCGUCAGCUGAUGUAUCCGAGUGGUGUAGGCGGCAAACAGAGACACUCGGACGCCUCGUUUCUGCCCAUGGCUGGGGCGGACUAUGCCAGAAGUGCGGAUAUCUCAGAGUGCAGCACGAAUACAGAUGAGUAUGCCACCUGUACGGACAACUCGAAGCGUACACCAGGUAUUAAGACACCGCCGACAACGACAAGUUCAUCGUCCGCCACACAAGUGCCAGUUUCCACUCAAAGCUCACAGCUGGAGAAGACCCAUGCGGGCAGCUCCUUCGAGAGCGCCAGUUCUCUGUACUCCAUGCGGGAGGACCUGCUCCAUGAUGGAUCCUCGGAAAAGCAAACCAAAGUGUCGCAGUCUUCGCUUAAGUCCCCCAUGGGGGGUUCUGUGGCAGAGUUGACGAAAAAGUCGCCCUCGCAUUCGAUCAGCAGCACCACGUCCUCGGGCAGUUGUCAGGUGAUCAAAUCUCCAGCUAAAGAUUCCCAGCAGACCCAGGCGGUGGCCACCAGCUCCUCCACCAGUGCCCAGCAAAUCAAGGCAGAGGCACCAGAGGCGGUGGCCGUGGCGGUGGCGGCGGUGGCAGCAGCGGUCAAAGGCAAACCCAAACCGGACUCCAUAUCCGAGGAUGAGCGCAGCGAGGUGCGCUACUCCUCUUCCGGCUACUACGAGAGUCCCCACGACGAGGACGACGAGGAGCAGGUGACGACCACGUGCAAGGCACGACGCCUGAGGCACGAGGAUAACAAGCGGCGAAAGACCAGCAUGAAGCUGGACAUCGAGAAGGAGAACAUGCGAGCCCUCACUAGUCCCAUCAAGAAGGCCGCGGCGGGAAAGCAGCAAUCGCUGCAGUCCCCAGAGCAGCACAGCGCUGCUGGAGCCUUGGAGAACGGCAGUCCCAGCAAAAUAAAACGUUUCCGUCCGAAGAUACGACGACAGUUGCGCAAGAGCUCCCGCGAAGAUGUCCUGGCGGCGGCAGUGGCCCGAAGGACUAGGCCCACUAUCUAUGGCCUGAGCAGCGCCAGUGGGGAUACGGAGCUGCUGCUGGAUGCCAGCAUGACCACCACACUGGGUCCGAGUCCCAGGCCGAGCAUUGUGCCCACCACAGCAGCCAUAACAACGGAAACCACAACCACAACAGUCAUGGGAGCGGCCCCACCGCCGCCGCAGGCGCAGGAGCAGGAGCAGCUGAAGAAGCCCCACAGCUGUGCCACGCCCACAUCCCUGCUGUCGCCGAAACUGCCCACAGUAAGCAGCACCCAAUCCAAGUCCACGUCGGAGGCGACGUUUCAGCUGAAGGCCAAGUCCAUCGAGUCGUUGCGCUCGGUGUCGCCCGGUUCCGACUCCGUGUUCUACAGCGAGGCUGAUGGCACGGCGGCCAGUGCCACCGAUCAGGGACACUGCCAUCACUGCGGCAAGGAGAUGGAGGGCAAGCAGCAGGAGCUCGCAGGCGACUCUGUGGAGUCGAUACCCUACAUCGAACAGGAGGCGGACAUUGUGAAGCCGCCAUCGGACUUUGCCGACUCCCCGGUGACCACGAAAACCACACAGCGGCUGUACAAGAAAAUGGACAAGCGUUUCCGAUCCGAGGAGCGCUAUCACGCUGGCGAGAGGGGCAGGCACUACAAGACCCGCCAGGAGAACAUCAGAGCCAAGAGCGAGGAGCGCGGUCGAGCUCCCAGCUUGCCCAAUACUCCUGUUCUGCGUCCGGCCGGCUCUAGUCCCUGUGUCCUGCCCGAUAUCAACACGGAACAGAACCAUCAUAUCAUCUACAAGGGCCACUACGACGAGGGCCGAUACACCCGCCUCACGGACGAUGAUCUCUGGACGCAGCUGGAUCAUCAGUGUUUCGAUCGUUCGCGGGAGCGCCGUGCCUCUACCGAGUCCGAGAAGGGUUUCCAUGCCAAGUACCAGGUGAUUCUCCAUCGUCUCGUUCAGCGUCGAUGCACGCUGGAGAUGUAUCAUCGCCAGAAGAACAACAAUUUCCGCGUGGACAAAACAGUUGUGGUGAAGAGUGAUUCGGGGGAGUUCGGUUUCCGCAUCCAUGGCUCAAAGCCCGUCGUUGUGGCCGCCAUCGAGCCGGAGACCCCGGCGGAGAGCUCUGGCCUGGAGGUUGGCGACAUUAUCAUAUCGGUUAACGGCGUCCAAGUGCUGGACAAACACCACACCGAGGUCGUGAAGAUCGCGCACGAUGGCUGCGAGAAGCUGGAACUUCAGGUGGCCCGCACCAUUGGUGUCCUGAUGCACGAGCAACUGGAGCCCCCCAGCGAGCCCAUCUUCAGUGGCUAUCUGUGGCGCCAGAGCGGCCAGGCCAAGGGGGCGCCCAAUGCCAAGAAAUGGGUGCGACGUUGGUUCUCCUUGAGGCCGGAUAAUUGUCUGUACUACUACAAAACGGAAGACGACUCGCAGCCCGUUGGGGCCAUGAUCAUGGCCAAGCAUACUGUGGAUCUGUGCCCCGUGGACAUCGGCAAGCCUUUUGCCUUCAAAGUGGACGCUGGAGAGGGCAUACCCAUGUACGUGGCCGCCGACUCUGAUGAUUUGGCCAACAGAUGGCUGAAUCUGCUGCGCCAGGCUGCCUCCCAGGAUAACCAGUGGCUGGACAAGAGUGCCCGGUGCCUGUACCAGGCUCCGACCAGCAUUCAGAGGCCUGAUUGCUUUGGCUAUUUGCUGAAAUUGGGCUCAAGGUGGUGCGGCUGGUCGAAACGCUAUUGUGUACUUAAGGAUGCCUGCCUCUAUUUUUACCAAGAUGCAAAUAGCAAGAGUGCAUUCGGAAUGGCCUGCCUGCACGGCUACAAGGUGGCCUCAAUGUCCACGAAUGCGUCCGGCAAGAAGAACUCAUUCGAGAUAAUACCACCAGAAACGAAAUUGCGUCACUAUUAUUUCUGCACUGAAAGCGAAAUGGAUAAGAAGCGCUGGAUAUCCGCCUUGGAGUACUCCAUUGAUCGCUGGAUAAAGUCCGGGUAACUAAGGUUGAAGACACGCUCCAGAUCGGCCUUGGGCAGCCGUCGAAAGCGUCGAAGUUUCAGCUACUUCAUGGAUUAAAACUAAAGAUAAUUAAACAAAACGAUUUUCAAACAUUGUUCGACACUAGUACGGGUACUACAUUACAUAUAAUAUAUACUUAUAUAUAUAUAUAUAUAUAUAGAACUUAAGCCAAGGAGAAACCACAACUAGUUAUAGUCCAAGAUUAGAUGAUUGCUUAGUCCAAGGAAUUUAGUCGAUCAUUCAAAGCGGGUUUAAAACUAUUUUGAACAUUUGAAAGGAAUACAAUUGAAUUUUUGGUAUGUAUUCUUACAAAAUAUAUUCAUAUAUAGGUAUAUACACACAUAUAAUACUUAUGUUUAGUGAGGUUGUCAUGUCAUACACAUAUACAUAUAUAUAGUAUAUAUUUAGCCACAAAAAAUGAAAUGAGAGAAAUGAUCA